GAUUGGUUAACACUCGAAGAGUUCAAUAGACAUAGCCUUCUUGACAAUGGCAUUCAACUUGCCAGUCUCACUCACAUUCUUCUCUUUAUUGCUCUUAGCACUUGCAAAUGGUUCUAAUGCAGGUAGCAUUUCAGUCUAUUGGGGCCAGAACGGUAACGAGGGCACGUUGGCCGAGGCUUGUGCCGCAGGAAACUACGAAUUCGUCAUCAUAGCCUUCUUGCCAACCUUCGGCAAUGGCCAAACCCCCAUGAUAAACCUGGCUGGUCAUUGUGAUCCUUACAGCAAUGGUUGCACCGGCUUAAGCUCUGAUAUCAAAUCAUGCCAGGCCAAAGGCAUCAAAGUCUUGUUGUCUUUGGGAGGUGGCGCCGGAAGCUACUCAAUUGCGUCUGUCCAGGACGCGCAUAACGUGGCCACAUACCUUUGGAACAACUUCUUGGGGGGAACUUCAUCCUCCCGCCCUCUCGGUCCUGCAGUGCUCGAUGGCAUUGACUUUGACAUCGAAGGAGGAUCAAACCAGCACUGGGACGACCUUGCCAGGUUUCUUAAAGGGUACGACAAGAAGGUGUUGAUAACUGCCGCGCCUCAAUGUCCAUUUCCUGAUGCUUGGAUAGGAAACGCCCUCAAAUCGGGACUCUUCGACUAUGUUUGGGUCCAAUUCUACAACAACCCUCCAUGCCAAUACACUGCUGGAGGAAUUGGAAAUCUUGUAGCUGCAUGGAAGCAGUGGACAUCAAGUAUCCCUGCCAACAAGAUAUUCCUCGGCCUACCGGCUGCCCCAACAGCUGCAGGCAGUGGCUUCAUCCCUGCAACUGCCCUUACUUCCAGUGUACUUCCAGCAAUCAAGGGUUCUGCUAAAUAUGGUGGCGUUAUGCUGUGGUCCAGGUACUAUGAUGUUCAGAGUGGCUAUAGCUCCUCCAUCAAGAACCAUGUCUGAUACCUAUAUUCCUGUCAUGUACUCUGUAUACUUAUCCCUGUCCUGUUGUAUGUUCAAAUAUUUAUGUCUAUAAUAUGAUUAUAUUUUGUGAUGAUCUAUGACAAAUUA